AUGGUUAGUGUUACUAAGGCAGAUACCAUUUUUCGCAGCACAGACUUCGAUGGUGACGGAUAUGGUGAUAAUAUUGGAUUUGUUGUUGGAAAUAUUACAAUUUACAGAGAUACAGAUGCGCCUGGCUAUAAAUUUCAGGAUGAAAUUUUAGAUGCAGAAAAAUAUCUUAGUAUUUUAUCUGAAUAUGAUUUCAGUUCCUAUUGUCUAGGCGUGGCUUUCACUUACAGAGACUUUAAUGAUGGAAUUGUUGGAUUAGCUUGGAGGGCAUAUUCAAGCUUGUUCGGAAAUGAUGGGGGAAUUUGCCAGGUGAGAACAGGUAGUACAAGUUUCAAUACAUUGUUAGUCAGUCAGCUAAACCAAGGUACGUUCUUUCCCGGCUACAAGGCCGCAUUCGCACUAACGCAUGAAUUUGGUCACAGUUUUGGCUCUAUCCAUGACGGUUUAAAGGAUCCAGUCUGUUCUCCAAACAAUGAAAAUGGGAACUUCAUUAUGUAUUAUUCUGUAGUUUCUGGAGUAAAACCAAAUAAUGAAAAAUUUUCCCCAUGCAGUAUUGAAAAUAUAUAUCCCAUUAUUGUAAAGAAGGGGGCCCGUUGUUUAAAAACGGACAUAGGGCCGGUCUGUGGCAAUGCUAUUAUCGAAGAUGGCGAGGAAUGUGACUGUGGAACAUCUGGAACAUGUCGUUACGUUGAUCCUUGUUGUAUACCAAGUGAUGUUAAUAACAGUGUAGACGUACCUUGUACUUUUGGCCACAACAAAACCAAAACGUGUUCACCAAAACAAUCCCCAUGUUGUUCGGAAGACUGUGUACCAAUAAGUUCGAGCAGAAGACAAAUUUGUAGACCAAAAACUGAUUGCUCAAGUGAAUCUUAUUGUGAUGGAGUCAGUCCAUCGUGUCCUACUUCUGUUAAUUUUGCAGAUGGGAAAAUUUGUAAUCGUGGAAGAAAAAUAUGUGAAUCAGGGAAGUGUUUGACGAGUAUUUGUGAAUGGUUAAAACUGAAAGACUGUCAGUGUGCUAGUAAACCAUUAUAUUGUCAUGUUUGCUGUAAGGAGUACAAUGGAAAUGAAUGUGCUGCAGUCGGUUCAUUUGCAAUUGCACCUAAAUACUCUAGAAAUUUAAGAACUGAAACGGGACAUCGAUGUAAUGGUAGUAAAGGUUACUGUGAUGAAAAACACGUAUGUAUUACGGGACAUAGCGACGAUGUUCUUAGCAUAUUCAACACAUUUUUAAGUAGUACUUUCCGUCAAGAUAUUGAGAGUUGGUUAGAAAAUUAUUGGUUGUAUGUAGUUGGAGGAUUGAUUAUUAUUUUGAUCAUCGUAGUGGUCUUUGUUAUUACUUACAAAAGGCACGAAGAUAGGCACGUAGAAGCGCUGAGAGUGGCAAAGUUAACUACUGUUCUGACAGAAACAUUGCACCAAAAAAAGACGUAUUUGAAAAAACGUGUAUAUUUGCAAGAUACAUUUGAACGUAGAAUUCGACAAAUAAUGCUUGGAAAAAGAAUAGAUUUCACAGAAGCUGUUGGACGUCUUUCCUUACUUUUUCCGACAGCACCCAUGCCAUUACUGUCGGAAACUGCAAAAUGUAGUGCAAACGAAGAAGCCGCAGUGCGAAUACUAUUAAUCAGAGGGUUUUGCAUGCGAGGAUUUUGUGUCUCAUUUCCUCGUAAACCAAACCACUGUUUUUUUUACAAACGGAAGCGAAUGGAACACUAUAAUAUUUUUAAUAUUUAAAUGUAUUAUUAGGCCAUAACAAAAUAAAUGUUAGAUUUUCA